GCAAUAAAUCAUGUUUUAUUUUCAACGAAAGGAGGAUUUGGAGUCAAAUGUUAUGGAAUAACAAAAGAUCCAAAUAGCGAAGAAUACAUUUUAAUUUUAGAAUAUAUGAGAGGUGGUGAUUUUAACGCUUUAUUAAAUAUAUGUAAUGGUUGUCGUCCACAAGAAAUUUCAGGGCUACCUCCUGAGUAUGAAUUUAUAAUGAAAAAAUGUUGGGAUGCAGAUCCUGUGAAGCGACCGAGCGCGGCGGAACUACUUCAUUAUUUUGAUAAUAAACUUGAUCAAAUAAAUCAUGAAAAUACACUUUUAAAUUUUAAAUUCAGCACUCCUCUGUUAUCCAAUAAUUGUAAAAGUGUAUCUUUUGAUCAUAAAAAUUUACCUGUUCCUAAAAAUUUAG